UGGUUGGCUAGAGAGAGUAGAGGCUGACUCAGUGGAUCUGGAAGAGCAGCAUGUGACAGAUGUAAUUCUCAUCCCAGUCCUCACCAUCGGACCAGAGGCUUGUUCACCAUUGGCCCCAUUCAUUGGAGCGGCAACGCACGGCACACUAUAACACCAUGCUCUCCUUUGCCAGACCCAGCGGAGCUCUCUCAAUAGCGCGUAUCACUUGCGCAACGAGCAGGAGACUCAGCUCAGACACACUUCAGCCCAGCACAGAGAGCCGAGACUGAGGAAGAAGAAAGAGCAGCUCUGCCUUACUCUCUUUGCCGUUGUACGGAAGAGGAGAGAGCUGGAUAACGCCUUGCUGGAGGCUACUACAAAAAGCAGAGGCACGUCAGAAAAAGCCCACAAAGUGACUGUAAUAGACUGAUGUUUGAGGAUCCGAGAGGAUGAGGGAACACGCUCUCUCCGUUCCUGACUGAGGGAAAGUGAGCUUGUGCCUUUCAUCUGAAACAGAGAAACAAAAGAAAAGGCUUGUUGGGUGGACUUGUUUCACUCUCUCUUGGCUGGACUCUGUGCAUGGAAGCUUCAGGUCCCCCAUGGCGUGUUACUACAUUGUCAUCAGCUCCACACAUCUCAGCAAUGGAUACUUUCGAAACAUCAAGGGAGUUUUCCGAGGUCCCCUCAGCAAGAACGGCAACAAAAACUUGGAUUAUGCUGAGAAGGAGAAAACCUUGGCCAAAGCCCUGGAGGACCUCAAGGCCAACUUCUACUGUCAGCUGUGUGACAAACAGUAUUACAAGCAUCAAGAGUUUGACAACCACAUCAACUCGUAUGACCAUGCUCACAAGCAGAGACUGAAGGAACUGAAGCAGAGAGAGUUUGCCCGCAAUGUGGCCUCCAAAUCCAGGAAGGACGAGAGGAAACAGGAGAGAGCUCUCAGACGCCUACAUGAGCUCGCUGAACAACGCAGAGAGGUGCAAUGUGCCCCAGGAAGUGGUCCCAUGUUCAAGUCUACCACAGUGGCAGUGGAAGGUUCUUUCAGGGAGUCCUGCUAUGAUGAUGCCCAAGAAGAGAUCCAAAGCUGUGCAGCUCAAGAUCCAGGGGGUCAGAUCCAUUCCAGCAGUUGUGGCUUAGCUAGUAAGCAGUCACCAUGGCCAUACAAUGGGAGGGCCAAAAAGCAAACUUUCAGACGCAAAAUUGCAUUCUCUUUUUCCUUUCCAAAGAAAGCAUCUGUUAAGCUUGAGUCAUCAGCGGCGGUUUUCUGUGAGAGCAUGGAGGAGGGAUCGAUGGAGCGGAGCCGUAGACAAAGACUCAGAGCACGCCCUGUCGAGCUUGACCUACCUGGCUCCCCCACAGAGGAAAAAGUACUAAAUUGUGAGGAGGCAGUUUACAGCACUGGCAUACAGCAGGGCAAGCACUUCCAAAAAUGUGACAAUGAUGUAAGUCAGAGGUCAUCAGAUAUGCCUGUGGUGAGGGAGAGCCCCUCGUCAACGGCCUCAGAUUUGUGUGCUUUGCUCGUUUACUCAGAGGAUGUGCCCAGUCCCGCCGUCUCCCUCUUAAACACUUCCCCUUUUUGUUUAAACAGGGCUGAUAUUGUUCUUGACUCUGAGGACACUGUUGAGAGUCUGAAAAGCAACAUUGCUGAAAGUAAACCUGAGACCUCUGAGGAUGUGACAGUCGAGAAGAGUGGCAUUUCAGAGGAGGGGCACUCGACCUUCAGUGAGUCUCCAGAAAAGACGGAUGUGUCACCUAAGAAUGAUUCUCUUCAACAACAAGAGCAAGUGGAGGAUGCAACUGCAAAGACACCUUACCAUUUCACAAAACCCAGCCAACCUUUUUUCUCUGUCCUAAGCAGGGACGGUAACACCAUCUUCCAGUGGCCCUCGGAGAUGGUGACCUUCACAAGGACAGAGCCAUCCCUGUCUUUCAGUUGCAACCCUCUCCAUUUUGACUUCAAGAGGCCACGGAUUAGAAGGUCUGCUGACACUCAGGAGAUGACUGAGCCCAGAACUGAUGAGGAAUUAUCUGUCUGCUCAGGUUUCAAAUCCUGCCACUCUGACAAGCACAUUGAGGAAUCCACAGCCAAUCCCAGAGACAGUCCCAUCCAAGGCAUGGUCAGAAAGUGUUAUCAGUAUUCAAGUGACACAGAGAGUUGUGUCAGGCUGAAAACACAUGACAGGUGUAGACAUUCCAAAGAUUGGAUCCACACAAGUAAGAGGGCAGAAGAGAAAUUGCGGGCCAGGGAUCGACGUCAUUACAGGACCCCCUGCAAAAGGAAGCGGAGGAGGCGGAAGAGGAGGAGAGACAGACACCGGGAGACAGAGAGCAAUAUGGUGAAAUCUAAGAAAUUCUACAGACAACCUGAGUGUGUGGAAGGAAUUAAAAGCCAAUUUAGAGGCACCACUUCACAGCAAGAACAUCCAUUAGAGAAGUCAAAGCAAUCAGCUCAAAAUCAGGCUGAGAAAGCACAGCUACUCACCAGGAGGCAAGACGCAGCAGCCGACAUAAAUGGCUCAGCGGGCUGCAUCAUUCUCUCUGAUGAGUUCUGUGCCGAUGGUGAAAAGGUGCUUGGGAACAGCAGGGAAAAACCUGACAAUCCAACUGCAGGAAAGCUAACGACCACAGGACAGUGUUCCCACAACCAGGAUGCAUCCCACUCUCAGAAAUCCAGUGCAACCAAAGGGUGCCGAGAGGAGACACCUACAUCACCAGAGACUAACAGAGAUGGACCAUGUGAAGGACAAACUUUGAAAAGAAGACAUACAGAUUCUCUAAGUGAACGAGAUGAGUCUUACAACCCCCCUCAAUCACCGGAAGAGAUUUCUUAUGGGUGCAAAGAACUUACCUGUUGUGAGUACGGGAUGAGGAGAAAGAGACAGAGGCCAUCACAUGUUCAAGAUCAAACCCCAUGCUUUGCAAAUGAAUGCUCCAUUGUUACGAACAGUGUUCUGGAAGAGGACAAGGCUGUAGAGGAGUCGAGCAUGAAAUGCCUUGUUUUAAAUGGCGCGUGUGACAGCCUGACCGGGUCAGACCAAAUCUCAUGCAGUAUUGAUGAUGGAGACAGCAGUGCGGUUGAUCCUCAGACAUUUACUUCCAUUAGCAGUGCCCUGGGUCAUACUGUGGAGGAGAGCAGUGAGUGGCAGCAGAGCUCCUCCUCUCAGAUCAAUGCUUCAUGCACCAAGGGCAGUCUAACUUUACUGGAGACAGAUUCAAAGCUUUUGAAGGAGCCAACAAAGGAAAAUAGUAACAUCCACAGUAGCGAGUCUAAAGCAGCACAAACCCCCUUAAAGAUCUGUAACAAGUAUUCAGUGGCUGCUCAGGCCUGCCUGCUCGAUGUGAGAGAGUUAGCCCUGCAGAGGACUGAAAAAGCCACUCAUGACAAAUCAUGUCAGCACAGCCUUCAGAUCCCACCGCCGAGAUUUCACCUAGGCGUUCAGCCUGAGGAGAAGUUAAGUAGAGAGUGCUUCCACACCACCAGCUUGUUCCAACCCUCGCCAUCUUUCCAGACCCCCUCAAACAGCAUGGAGAGACGCUGCCUCUUGCAGAUGCAGAUCCAGAGCCAUGGACAAGUGCUACACCAGCAGGUGUUCCCUACCAAGGUCAAAUCUGUCCUGCCCAGGCCACAUCUGCCCAUGUCAUCUGCUGUCCUCCAUCCAGUUCACCUGCCAUCCUCCAUGCCUUCUGGCUCCAUCACAAUACGUCACACCAUACUACAGCACCACACUGCUUUUCUGCCCCCACAACACCCUAUCUACCCCCAACUAGUGUCUGUUUCUCGACUCCCCCUGGGGCCAGAGAUCUGUCGACACACGGCACCUAACUUUAUGACCCCAUCAGCGGUGGCGCCCCCUAGUAUUCACCCAAUGACUGUGAUGUUUCACGCCCUGCCACGGCCCGCAGUGUUUCCACCCAUGUUGCCCCCUCAUUCUGCUGUCAUUCCUCUGCAGCCUCUCUUCUAGCUCUACGGGCAUUUCUGUCUGUAACACGAUGUAUUUUAUACUGCAGAAGCGAGAGAAAUAUCUGCAACGCUGCUCCCUUAGUUAGAAUUUUGAGAUAGGAAGUAGUCCUUUGGUAACAUACAAAAGAGUUGUUUUUGCAGCUUGGAAAGGAUGCUGUUUCUGUGCCAUGUUGUCAGUAGAGAUUCUUGCAGAAAAGAACUGCACAACAAUUUUAUUAGGAUAUAUAUAUAUAACUCACCUACCUGAUUCAUUCUGAUUUUAUUAGGAUUUGUUGUUGAGAAGAUUUUAACAGAUUUAAUCACCUCAAAGACAAUAGUUUUAUUGGAUCAAGGGCAGAAAGGUCAUGGUCGUUCGAUGUGCACAUCUCUGUAGAAAGAAAUCAUAAUAAAUAUAUAUAAUAGUAAUAUAAAAAGGUAUAUAAUAGUAAUUUUAUAAUAAUAAUAUAUAUAUAUAUAUAUAUAUAU